AAUCCACAGGUUAAAGACUACAUCGGGUUCCCCUGCUGUAAAACCUGAUAAGUACACUGGGCGGCUUGUAUCUUGAGAUCACAUUCAGUUCAACCUGACCAGCGUGCAAUAGAAAGUGAAUGUGGCUCCUCCUUAACCCAAUUAAAGCCUUUUAAACAGAAGCCACGCUCCAGCGGGGCAUUUAGCUGCAUCUUGACGCCAUGGCGACUCUCCUGCGGACCGUUGUUGUUUUGUCUCUGGUGAUGACACUGAUAUGCAGCACGCAGGUGGACUCGCUGCCUGUAGUUGAGGACUGGACCGGUAUGAUCCAGAGAACAAAGCGCUCUCUGCUGUGGCGCUGGAACUCCAUGAAACCAGUGGGAGCCAGUUGCAGAGAACACCUGGAGUGUGGGACGAAAUUCUGCAGGAGAAAUAUUUGCUCUUUCUGGAAAUUCACCUGAAGAAAACAAAAACCCAAUUCCAUCAUGUCCGGUGUCUGCACAACAAACAACUUCUUCAUGGAUCAAAUGAACCAGCGCACAAACCAAACACACACAAACAAGACAUUGCAUAAGAGUAAUGUUCCACUUGAAGUAAAGAUUUACCCUACUGGUUAUUUGUUUAUGAUUAGACAACUCCCAAAUAAUCUGAUUAUUCACCGCACGGCUACAAAACAAGGCUGUAAAAGCUGUGUGGACAUGUGACCCUACUCUAUUAAUGUCAAGUGACAAAAUAUACAUCAUCAUUGCAUGCUUGAAGUGCUUCUCCAUGCUUGUCUUUCUUUGUAUUUAUAUGUACAUAUUGUAAACAGUGUCCAUGUAGAGCAUUUUUAAAAGGUUUUUUGUAAAGCUUUUUAA